UUAAUUAGACGGUGACGUAAAUUGCAUGAGAUCUCGCGUAUUGAAUUAUAUUUAGGUUGUCAAUUAAUAUUUUUCGACUCCUGAUUACCGAUUUUUAUCGUGUAUAUCCAGUUAGCUUGACCCGGACUUACAUUAAUUUGUAACUGAAACGAAGGUCUACUUAUACGUGCGUGCUUGCUAGGGAGGAAAUGGCGGAUGGGGCUUACACGAAUAGGCAUAGGCGGCCUUGUUAGGCUCUUAGAUUAAUUACUUUAGUACUAUGGUACCGUGUCCUGGCCUUCAGCAAAUAUUAUUAUAAACGCGUAAAAAAAUGACACUAUUUUUUUCUUUUUUUCAGACUAAAUGUCGGGUAUACUACUUUUCCUCAUAGGCUCCCUCGCCAUGUGUUCGGCCGACAACCCCCUCGCAGGGCUGAGGCACCUCUCCUCAGUUCCUAACCCCUUAGUGCCAUCCUUAGACGAUGUGCUAAAAGUACACGACGCAGUGUCCAGAAACGUUCCGGGCGCGGCUGGCAGCUUAGGAAGAGGCGUGCAGAAGGAGAUAGCUGCUGUUAAGCAGCCUAUAGAUGAAGCUAUUACCUUCAUCGGGUCUAGCCAAUGUACAAAUGUGAAGAAGAUCUUUGGAGUAGCGUACGAGAACUACGAGGGAGAAGAGGAGCCCCAACUAGACCGACUGACUCUAGAGUACAAAGAUCCUGGCAUCCGCACGAUAUACAACAUCAGCAGUGCGGCGGCGCGCAUACCUCUGGCCAGAGAAUUCAACCCCGCGCAGAAACUAUACAUCUUCAUCCAUGGAUUCAUUGAUGACCCCAGCAAAGGAAGUUAUGGUUCCAUCAGCGAUGCACUAUUGAGCCAAGGAAAUUCCAACGUCCUGGCCCUGGACGCCAGCUCUCUGAUUCGAUGGCUAUACCUGCGCUCCUCGACCUACGUGCGGUUCAUCGGAGAGAGGCUGGGAGAAGUACUCGCCGCUAUGGUUAACAAGGGCCAAAGCCCCGCCGACAUCCACAUCAUCGGGCACAGCCUGGGCGCCCACAUCUCCGGCUUCACCGGCAAGACCUUCGCCAACCUGACCGGCUACAAGGUGGGCCGGAUCACCGGGCUCGACCCGGCCGGGCCGUGCUUCAGCCAUGUGGAACUCGAAUUGAGGCUCAAGGCCACUGAUGCGGAAUAUGUUGAUGUUAUACAUACUGAUGAUGGUAUUUAUGGAUUGAAGGAACCUGUUGGUCAAGUGGACUUCUUCCCCAAUAGCGGCUCGCAGCAGCCCAACUGUCUCCUCCAGACAUGUAGUCACAAUCGUGUGUGGGAGUACUUUGCCGAAUCGGUGAAGACUCCUGACGCGUUCCCCGCUCGGAGGUGCAUAGAUUAUGACGCUUUCAAGAGAGCCCAGUGCGAGAGUGAUAUCAGGUAAAUGGAAAUGUUACCUAGUCCAGUAUGGGCAGGGUGGUCGGGUAUUUAUCGCCAAUCGUCUCAUGUACUCACUUUAACAUACUUGUUGGAACGUGACAACCACUGUGACUGACAACAAAGGAGAGGUU